AUGAAGCUCACUCUCAUUACAUCUUUGCUUUCUGACGAUCCUUACUAUAACUCCUUGAACGACUUUGUGUACGAUCUCGACAAGAACAUUCCAAAGGUCUACGAUCAGUCAACCUAUGGCUACUAUCUGGACUGCAACACCCUCGUCUGGGUUCGCAACAUCGGCCGUGUCAAUGGCUGCGAUGACCCGGUACGAGACGUUUCUGUCCUCACAAUGCAGCGCAAGGGCAGGAAGAUUCAGGCAAAAGACGGCCUCUUUGAAUUCGACAGCAUCAAAUGGGGCAAAGCUUUGGGUGGGAAGUACGAUCCGCCAAAGCAGCAAUACAACUACGGUCAGAACAAGGGUGAUGGCCAUGGUGGCAAGAAGAACGAUGACACGAAGUCAAGCCCGAACCAGAACGGUAGCAACGACUACGAGUGGGAUCCCAAGGAGAAUGAUAGCCAUCAGACCAGUCCUCACAAGAAUCAACAUGACCCUAAGAAGACCGACGGGAACGGCUAUGAUGGGAAUAAAUCGGAUCCAACAACGAGGAAUGGCUAUGACGACAAGAAGAAUGGCGGAACACAAGUCAACCCACACAAAAAUGACGGAAAUGGCUAUGAUGGCAAGCAGACCGAUCCCAAGACUGGCGGUACACAAGUCGAUCCUCAGAUCAACAACAACGGCUAUAGCGAUGACAGCAAGAACAGUGGGACCCAAGUCGAUCCACACCAGCAGAAUGGCUACAAGGAUGAUGACAAGCUUUCUGGUCCACAGAAUAACGACAAAGAUGGGCACAACGAUGAUAAGAAGGGCUACUAA